CGGCUCCUCAGGAUCCGUUCUGCAGAAGCGAGAUGCUUGUUUGGACGAGGGAUUAUGUAUGUGUGUGAACCAUGGCGUCCAAUUCUUCAUCAUCAUCCGCUCUGACGGUGUGUCAGAAGCGCGCGAUAUACUACGACCUCGACAUGUAUAUAAAGACACAGCUCUUCCGCUUGGCUCUCAAACUCAGAAUUGCAGACCUCAAACAAACUCACACUAUAUUGACUCAACGCUACUUUCUUCUAUCCGACUGAACAAAAGGAGAAUUUCACUUCCACCUCUAUCAAAUAUCAUCUAAAAUCAAAAUAAUGCAUAUCGCCCAGGUCCGCGACUGGUCCGAAGGACCACGCUACAUCACCGUCGAUGAUGCCCCAGCACCCUCCGACAAUGAGAUCCAGCUCCGCGUCUUGGCAACCGGGCUACACCAAGUCGUCCGCUCUCGCGCAUCCGGCCAGCACGCCUCCUCAGGCUCACUGCCACACAACGUCGGCAUAGACUGCGUCGGCCGGGACGUCGCCACCGGCAAGCUCUACUACUGCAGCUGGAUGAAGCCCAGGUUCGGGACCUUCGCCGAGGUCAUCACCGUGCCCAGGGCCGUCGUCCAUCUUCUCCCAGACACCAUCGACCCUGUCGCAUUCGCAGGCAGUGUCAACCCGGCCAUGAGCAGCUGGUUGGCGCUGACUCAGCGCACGUCGAACUUACCCGAGAAGUACACCGUGUUGAUCCUCGGGGCCACGAGCGCGAGCGGCAGGAUAGCGGUCCACGUGGCCAAGACGCUCGGUGCAGGGAAAGUCAUCGGCGUCGCCCGAGACGAGGCCGCGCUCGCCAAAAUGGAGGGUCUCGACGAAUAUAUCGUGCAGAAGGAUCCCAUUACCGACACGGAUUUCUCCCAGGUAGUGUGCGAUGUCGUUCUAGAUUAUGUCUACGGAGAUCUGGCCUUACACGUACUAUCUACGGUCAAUAUCCAAAGGCCAUUGCAGUAUAUCAGCAUUGGGGUGCUGUCGCGCAAGGAAGUCGCCAUUCCCCCUGGACUCCUCAGGUCGCGCGAUAUCACGAUCAGGGGGUCCGGCCCCGGCGCUAUCCCUAUGCCCGUUGUGCUACAGGAAGUUAAGAAACUUGUGCCAGCGGUCACAAAGUUGGAUCUGUUGGAGGCUCAUAGUGUGCCUCUGAAGGAUAUCGAAGAGGCUUGGCGGGAUAAGUCGCUGGCAGGCAAGGGAAGAUUAGUCUUCAUACCCUAGUUCAAUCGCUCAUGUUGGAACACUUGGUACCUACAGGCAGGUAACUUCUUCCAACGUCAAGCUUGAACCAAAUGUAAUGUAAUAGCUGUAUUAGUUAUGGAAGCUACUAUAAAUGAAUAAAUCCAA